AGAGGGAAGCGGAAAUAGGCGGGGCGUCCGAGCAUUCGGCUGCACGAUUGGCUGUUGUUCGUUUUCUCACGGUGGGCAGGUCAGAGGGUCCGGCAGUGGAGGAAAAGGAGCUGUCGCCUUGUCGCGCUUCCCGAGCUGCAGCACCUUUUGGGUCCGGCUCCAGGCUUCCGAGCGGCGGCCGGAAGCGGCGGGACCUUGCGUGGGGUCGUGAAGGCCCGCGACGCGCUUGCCCCGAUGGGUCGGGCGACGUCCUUUUCUUCCGUCCCGCCGCUGCAGUACGAGGAGCGUGAGCGUCUUGUUCGGCCUGGCCUCUUUGUAACCCGUGAAGUAAUGUGCUAUUUUUGUAGAUGCUGAUGAUGUAUUAAGGGAAUUGUUUUCCCUUCCUGGACUGAAGAUGCCAAAAGAAUCAGAGGCUCCACUCUCCUUGUCAGACUGCCAUUGUAACAUUUGCAUGGAUAUUUUUGUGGAGCCAGUCACAUUACCAUGCCACCAUACUCUUUGUAAUGCCUGUUUCCAACUUACAGUGGAAAAAGCAAGUUUGUGUUGUCCUUUCUGUCGUCGGCGAGUCUCAUCUUGGGCACGAUAUAACUCUCGCAAGAACACUCUUAUUAAUUUGGAGUUAUGGGAAAAAAUUAAGAAACACUUCCCAGAAGAGUGCCAACGCAGAAUUAAUGGACAGGACCUAGAAAAUGAUUUGCUUAUGCCUCACCCAAUACACUGCUUAAGUAAACCUGGAGAAUUAAGGAAAGAAUAUGAAGCUGAGAUCACUAAGGUGGAAGCAGAACGUCGUGCCCUUGAGCAAGAAGAGAGCAAAGCAAGUGAAGAAUAUAUUCAAAGACUACUAGCAGAAGAUGAAGAAGAGCAGAGGUUAACAGAAGAAAGAAAAAAAAAGAUAGCAGAACAGUUACUAUUAGAUGAAGUGUUGGCACGAGAACUGAGUUUCAGUUCGAACACAUCUUCUGAAGAGUCUGUACAAAGCAGUGUGCUAUCAGGUCCAUCCCCUUCUGAUUGUUACAAAACAUCAAAAAACAAAUCAAGCAAUUCUGGAGACAUUAAGAAGUAUUUCUCUCCAAAGUCGUGUGGUGUCUUGCCUCCAAAUUUGCUAUUUGGAAAAUUAAAAGAAAACAUUGACUCUCUUUCUGGGGAAAGCAUCAGAACUAAAACUAACUUUACAUUAGAAGAUGAAGAAACAGGAAAAGAUAUGACCAUACUAUCUUCAGAGACAAUUAGAGAGGGAAAAAUGACUAAAGAUUCCCCUUUAGAGUCAUCUGAUCCUCAUUUAAAUAUAUGUACUAUAUCUGAGUCCAACUGUCAUGGGCUGGAAUUGUUGUCUUUUUCCAGGAAUCAGUUAAAUGAACCAACAGGUGAACAUGUUACCCAUAGGGAGGACUGUGAAACUGAGUAUUUUUUCUCAAAAAGCAGUGCAUCUGAUAAUAAUGAUUUUAGAAAUGGAAAUUUUACAGAAAGCACAUGCUUGCUGAAACUCCAGAAAAAUAACAACACUGAAGAAAUCCUUAUUUCUUUGACAUCUAGUAGCCAACAGGAGGGCAAAGAUACAAUCUGCGAAGAAACAAAGGUGAUGGGAAACUAUCCAAUUGGAAAUAAAAAACAGAGUUGCUCUCUGAUCACUAAAGAGAUCCCAAAGAGAAAAUCUCAAGAAUCUCCCACUGAAUCAGCCAUGGAUUCAUAUUUGAAUGACAAAAGAAGAAGAACUUUUGUACAAACAGAAGAGGAAGAGAUGAAUGAUAUACAAAAGCAGAUAUAUUUGGAGCAGCAGCUUUAUGAACGAUAUAAACAGGAAGAAGAAGACAGGCGUCUGGCUUUGAGAAUUCAGAAGGAAAUGGACAGAGAACAGAAAACACUAAAUCGCAAAAAAGGCUCCCCUGAUGAGUAUCAAUUGCGCCCUACAACAUCUCAGUCAGUUAGAAAAUCCCCAGCUGUUAGGAAACACUGCAAACUUUCAAAGGCUUCAAACAGCCAGACUGAAAUAAAUCAACCCAAACUACACAGACGUUCCCACAGUGAGAAUGGGAAGACUUCUAGUAAACACCAGACAAAAUCAUCUGUAAAAAGUGGGAAUGUUCUGAAUUGUGUCCUCAACAACUCUGAUUUAAAGGAUGUAGAAUUGCUGCCAAUCAAACAAAGGACAAUCAUCCAGAUGUUUAAGAGAUCUGCAACAAAUUGAAAGAUCCACAGUAGUGACAAGGUAUUGUGGAUUAGUAGAACAUUUUUAAAAAGACACUUCUGAAAAGCUGGCAAAUAUCUGUUUGGGAUUUGCUACUCCCAGAAUUAAUGUAUUACUUGUUUCAGAAACAGUAGCACUUGCUCUGUGCCUUUUUCUUUGAGUUCUUCGGCCUAUUCUUUAAUACAUGGAUGGCAUCAAUUACUCUCAAAGUUAAGAGAGAAGUUUUAAGACCAUUAUGUAAUAUUGUUUCUCACUAUUACAAUGUGUCAUUGAAACAGCCACAUUUUUCUCCUGUCUCUCCCUAAAAUAAGUAAAAUAAUAAAAGCGAUUUUCAAGUUGAACCAUACUUGCUAAGCUGUUGUAACUAUGCCAUUAUUGCCUGUAAACUUACAAGGGGGGGAGGGGGUGAUACAGUAAAUGUUGUCUUUAAGAUACACAUAGCCUAAGAUACAUUCUCAUUUUUCUGUUUGCUAGAAUUGUAUUUUUGCUUUACUAGUAAAGUGGCUUAUGAAUUUCACCAGAAAACCAGUCAAUUUUCAAUGGAUUCAUUUUGGAAUUCUAAAUUUGAUAUAUUUUGAAAGUAUCUUAUAAAAGGAGCCAAAGACAGUCAAUAGGUAAAUCGCAUUUAUUUUCAUUUGUAAGUAACUGCUAAUAUAUAGAUUAUAUUAUAAUGUUGCCAUUAAAAUUACUUAUGUAAUGACUGUUGCAUUAAAAUUAUUUGAAAUGUUGUAAAUGUCAUAAUUAUCCCCUAAGCAUAGUUCUAAUAAACAUCCAACAGAGUUCCUAUUCUAA